AUGUGGCGUCAGUUGGGUAUUAAUUACGUGAAAUAUUCGCAAAUUGCUGCAUCGGCUACACGUAAAUGCGUGAAAAAAGGAGCGAAAAAGGAGGUGGAGAAGCCGGCAAGAGCAACUGUCACAAUUACCCCAUGGGAAAAUGGGAAGCCCGUGAAGAAAGAUGAAUGA